AUGUUGAAAUUUCUUCUUCUUGAUGUGCUAGUAGUAACUUUUCUCUACUUCCUUACUCGCGGUCUUAUAUCGAUCUUUUCCGAUGGUAAGACGGCAAAAAAGUUGCCCCCCGGCCCCCGGGGGUACCCGAUUGUGGGGUCGCUUCCGCUCUUGGGUGCCAUGCCGCACGUAGCUCUUGCUAAAAUGGCAAGAACAUACGGGCCGGUCAUGUACCUAAAAGUCGGGGCAUGGGGUAUGGCCGUUGCAUCCACUCCCGAUGCCGCUAAAGCAUUUCUCAAGACCCUCGACUCAAACUUUUCCGACCGCCCACCCAAUGCGGGUGCCACGUUGCUCGCGUACGGCGCACAAGACUUGGUUUUCGCGCCCUACGGUCCCCGGUGGAGGUUGCUGAGGAAAAUCAGCAACCUCCACAUGCUAGGGAAUAAGGCCCUGGGGAAAUGGGCCGGUGUUAGGUCGUCCGAGAUGGGAUACAUGCUCCGGGACAUGUACGAGACCGGGUUGAGUCGACGGGCGGUGUCGUUACCGGAGAUGUUGGUCUAUGCCAUGGCUAAUAUGAUAGGACAAGUGAUACUCAGCCGACGAGUGUUUGUAACCCACGGACAAGAAGUAAAUGAGUUCAAGGACAUGGUGGUCGAGUUGAUGACAACGGCCGGAUAUUUCAACAUAGGGGAUUUCAUUCCGGCGAUCGCUUGGAUGGAUUUGCAAGGGAUAGAAAAAGGGAUGAAGCAAUUGCACAAAAGAUUCGACAAUUUGAUCGGUAGAAUGUUGGAUGAACGCUCCUCCGAAAAUGUCCACCAACGCAAGGCCAACCCGGAUUUUCUCGAUGUUGUUAUGGCGAACCGGGACAAUUCUGACGGGGAGAAGCUCACCACAACCAAUAUCAAAGCUCUCUUGCUGAACUUGUUCACGGCGGGGACCGACACAUCUUCAAGCACAAUAGAAUGGGCGCUAGCUGAGAUGAUAAAGAAUCCAUCGAUCCUAAGGCGCGCCCACGGCGAAAUGGAUCGAGUAGUCGGCCGAAGCCGGCGCUUGGUGGAGUCGGACCUCCCUAAGCUCGCAUACUUGCGGGCCAUAUGCAAAGAAACCUAUAGAAAGCAUCCAUCGACCCCAUUAAACCUACCCCGGAUCGCGUCGCAAGAUUGUGUGGUCGACGGCUACUACAUUCCAAAGAACACGAGGCUUAGUGUCAACAUAUGGGCUAUUGGAAGGGAUCCCGAGGUUUGGGAGAAUCCACUCGAUUACAACCCUGACCGGUUUUUGUCAGGGAAGAAUGCCGAGAUGGAUCCUCGUGGACAUAAUUUCGAAUUGAUCCCUUUUGGGGCCGGGCGAAGAAUAUGCGCCGGCGCGCAAAUGGGAAUGGUGCUUGUGGAGUAUAUAUUAGCUACAUUAGUGCACGCGUUCGAUUGGGAGUUGCCGGAGGGCGUGAUGGAGAUGAACAUGGAUGAGACGUUCGGAUUGGCCUUGCAAAAGGCCGAGCCUCUUGCGGCUAAGGUCACCCCUCGACUACCUCCACAUUGCUACGCUCCGGCUUGA